AUGAUUCAUGAGUGCCUUCGUGUUCCCGAGGUCUUUGGCUUGAUUUGCGAGGCCUUGCAGCAAGACUGGGCCCUGUCAAAAGAACCUUAUAAUCGGUCGCCGACUUUAGCAGUCCUCGCUCGCACGUGUCGUGAUUUCGAAGGGCCAGCUCUUGACGUCCUUUGGCGUGAGGUUAGCGGCCUGCGCCCGCUUCUCUGCACUAUGCCAUCUGACUUGUUCGAGAUGAAGAAAAAGGAAAACAUGCUGUGUUUACGCAGGGCAAUCUUGCCAUCUGAUUUAGAAAAGACUCCAUCGUAUGCGACACGGAUACGCAAACUCUGGAUGGCUUCAAUUUCUCCUGUUGAUGUUGGGGUUGUGCAAGCUCUGAGCCUGGCAACGUUGCAUAUGAAGCCCCUUCUUCCGAACAUCAGACACCUGUUAUGGUCUGAUGAGCUCACCUCAAUAGAAGUGAAAAGGUUGAUGUUACACUGCAUCCCCCUCUUCCUCGCGCCCAAACUCGUCUCGUUAUCUAUUGCCCUUGACAGUGUCCCUGACACCAUUACCCUCUCCAUUUUCUCCAGCCUUGUCAACUUUUGUCCAGCCCUGAAAGAAUUAAAAAUUCCUAUUAAUGACGAGAACUUCAAUGAAGAACAGCGACGGACAAUUUCUUCUGCCAUCUGUCAAUGGAAAGAUCUUCAGUCCGUCAUGGUCACCGAUUUAACGGAAGAAGCGCUAGAACAUCUCGCAACAAUUCCAUCUCUCCAAAAACUUUCUUUCCACUCUCUUAGCGGUGCGACGCGCACUUACGAUGAAGAUCAUUCAAUCGCUAUCCGCAAUUGCGCUCGGGGGUACCCCGCCCUUCAAUUCUUAUCCAUUUCAUGCAGGACCAUGGAAAUGGCUAUCGCCUUUGUACAACUCUUAUCCUCUAGUCCCAUCGAGGAACUUAAUAUCCAAGUGGAGAAUUGCCGUUAUCCUUCCGCCUGGGAGGAGCUCUUUAGGACCAUCAGUCGCCACCUGAACAGUACCUCAUUGAAACGGCUCAUUUUAGAGGAAACAGGGGACAAUUUGGGUGACUCGCAAUCAGUUCAUUCUGGAAUUGAGCUUGGUGCUUUGACUGUCUUUUCAAACGUUCGAAUGGUCCAUGUUCAGCCUAGUUUCGGGAUCCCACUUACCAGCGACACUGCGAACAGGUUGGCUGUUGCCUGGCCCCAUAUAGAGGAACUUCAACUUGGCACUGAAUACCCACCGUCAAAAACGAUCAUAACAGCGAGGGAUCUUAUCCCCUUUGCGAGAUAUUGCCCGAACUUGCAGUGCCUAGGCAUAGUUUUUGAUGCUCGGAGUGGAUCGCUGGAGCCAGAUAGCGGUCCCUUCAGCAAUAAUUUGACCUCCCUAUCUGUCGGGAACUCUCCGAUCGACGACCCUAACUCGGUUGCUGCUUUUCUUUCCAGUAUUUUUCCCAUCAUCGAUUCAGUUGACACUGGCAGUGAGGAUGAAAUUGUGGACGAAAUGUGGAUGGAGGUGCAGCGCAUGCUUGAUAUAUUUCAAGGAGACGAGUACCAGGAAACCCUUCAAAAGUUCCUCCGAUUUAUCCGGGACCGCUAG